AUGUUUCCCAACUGCUCCAUCUGCCUUCACUAUAGUACAUCGGCUACUGUUGUGGUCCGAGGAAGGCCAAAACGCUGGGCUCUCAUGAAAAAGUCCUAUUUGAGAGUUCAUUCUAAUGGUUUUAUAUUGAACACUGGUGUAACGGUAGUUAUGGUACUUUUCUCAAGUUCACUUCCCACACAAUUGAAGUACAAGCAGAAGGUAUUGACAUUUGAAAAUCAAUGGUAG